CAGAGCAGAAUACACAUUAUAGGCUCCUCCCUCUUCCUGUUUUAACCCCUUCUUUUGUCAUAGAUGAGUAGAGUGAAGAUUUCGGACCCUGCGGAGCAGCUUAGAGCGGGCACAGAGGCUGUGGAGUUCCUGUCUAGCGUGGGGCUGGACGAGCUGCGCCUUUGUUUGUUCUCGGAGUCUUUACCGUCCUUCUCAGAGUUUGGUGCUGAGCUCGGUGCGUUCACGGCCAGCGUGCAAUUGGGGUAUUAUGAGCAGGAUGGGCAGGACCAGAAGUGUUUCCUCGUCCACAUCAGCAGCCAGAGCUCCGCCCAUGAUGGUCCCAGUAGAGGCUCUGCCCAUGAUGGUCCCAGAAGAGGCUCCGCCCAUGAGGUUCCCUGUGGAUGCUCAGUCACUGCUUUUAUCUCCCAAGAGCUGGAAACACUGGAGCAGCAUCAGCAUGAGUAUCUGCAGCCCAUAGGUCAAGACGGGGUUGCUGCGAGUCUCGCUAUCCGCCCCGUUAACCUUUCCCUGUCCGCCUCUGGUCCCACCAUCAAUGGCGGUUGCCCUAGGCAACAAGUGGCACAGAACAGGAUCCAGGAGAAGUGA